GGAAGCGCGCGUCAACGCCGCCUUCACACGCCUCGGCAAGCAUCGACAGACGCGAAUCGCAUCUCUCGCGCAUUCACGCAGCAGUCGACACCGUCAAGACAUCGAGCUCAUCACAAUGAACGCCGCGAGCGCGCUCAACGCGUCGACCGCGACGGCUUUCCGCCAGCGGGCCUGCAUGGCGAAGUCGACGCGCGCGACGAAGCGCGCCGGAGCGACCCCGGUCCGCGCGCGCGCGACGACGAAGACCGAGUCUUCCGCCGCGUUCGAGGAUAAGACCCUCGCGACGACCGCCGCGUCCUUCAUGGCGUUCCUCGCCGCGUCCGGCGCGACGAGCCUCGUCGCGAUGGCUGACGACUUCGCGCCCCCCGCGACGGCGGAGGCGCCGACGUCCGCGCUCGCGCAGUUCCAGCAGUCCGCCAAGUCCGCGUUCUCCGACGCGGACUCGCAGACCGCGCCGUCCACCGCCGUCGCGGACCCGAACGCGCUCCCCGAGGGGAACACGUGGCGGUACUCCGAGUUCAUCAACGCCGUGCAGAAGGGCAAGGUGGAGCGCGUGCGAUUCGCCAAGGAUGGAUCGUCUCUCCAGCUCACCGCGGUGGACGGCCGCCGCGCCGCGGUGACGCUCCCGAACGACCCGGAGCUCGUGGACAUCCUCGCCAAGAACGGCGUGGACAUCUCCGUCUCCGAGGGCGAGCAGCAGGGCAACUUCGCGAGCCUCGCGGGUAACCUCCUCUUCCCGCUCCUCGCGUUCGGCGGGUUAUUCUUUUUGUUCCGCCGCGCGCAGGGCGGCGAGGGCGGCGGCGGCGGCGGCUUCGGAGGCAUGGGCGGCGGCGGGCCGAUGGACUUCGGCAAGUCCAAGUCCAAGUUCCAGGAAGUUCCGGAGACGGGCGUGACGUUCGUCGACGUCGCCGGCGUCGACGGCGCGAAGCUCGAGCUCCAGGAGGUUGUCGACUUCCUCAAGAACCCGGACAAGUACACCGCGCUCGGCGCGAAGAUCCCCAAGGGCUGCCUCCUCGUCGGUCCCCCGGGCACGGGUAAGACCCUCCUCGCCAAGGCGGUCGCCGGCGAGGCUGGCGUGCCGUUCUUCUCGUGCGCGGCGUCCGAGUUUGUCGAGCUCUUCGUCGGCGUCGGCGCGUCGCGCGUCCGCGACUUGUUCGAAAAGGCCAAGUCGAAGGCGCCGUGCAUCGUCUUCAUCGACGAGAUCGACGCCGUCGGUCGCCAGCGUGGCGCGGGCAUGGGCGGCGGCAACGACGAGCGCGAGCAGACGAUCAACCAGCUUCUCACGGAGAUGGACGGCUUCGAGGGGAACACCGGCGUCAUCGUCCUCGCGGCUACGAACCGACCGGACGUUCUCGACUCGGCGCUGCUCCGCCCGGGCCGCUUCGAUCGUCAGGUCACCGUCGACCUUCCGGACGUCGCCGGGCGCAUUCGCAUCCUCAAGGUGCACGCGCGCGGGAAGACGAUCGGCAAGGACGUCGACUACGACAAGGUUGCCAGGCGCACCCCGGGCUUCUCCGGCGCGGCGCUGCAGAACCUUCUCAACGAAGCCGCCAUCCUCGCGGCGCGUCGCGACCUCACCGAAAUCUCCAAGGAAGAGAUCGCCGACGCGCUCGAGCGCAUCGUCGCCGGCGCCGCCAAGGAGGGCGCGGUCAUGUCCGAGAAGAAGAAACGCCUCGUGGCGUACCACGAGGCUGGCCACGCCAUCGUCGGCGCGCUCAUGCCCGAGUACGACCCCGUGACGAAGAUCUCCAUCGUCCCCCGCGGCAACGCCGGCGGCCUCACCUUCUUCGCCCCGAGCGAGGAGCGCCUGGAGUCCGGCUUGUACAGCAGGACGUACCUCGAGAACCAGAUGGCGGUCGCGAUGGGCGGCCGCAUCGCGGAGGAGCUCAUCUUUGGCGCGGAGAACGUCACCACCGGCGCGUCGGGCGACUUCCAGCAGGUGUCCAACACGGCGCGCAUGAUGGUGGAGCAGAUGGGCUUCUCCGAGAAGAUCGGCCAGAUCGCGCUCAAGACUGGCGGCGGGCAGUCCUUCCUCGGGAACGACGCCGGCCGCGCCGCGGACUACUCGCAGACGACCGCGAACAUCGUGGACGACGAGGUGAAGAUUCUCGUGGAGACCGCGUACCGCCGCGCGAAGGAUCUCGUGCAGGAGAACAUCGACUGCCUCCACGCCGUCGCGGAGGUGCUCUUGGAGAAGGAGAACAUCGACGGCGACGAGUUCGAGGAGAUCAUGCUCAAGGCGCGGGCGAAGCUUUACCUCAAGGAUGACAACAAGGACAUCGUGGUGCCCUUCAAGACGUCCCCCGCGUAAGAAGGUCGAGGUGAAGUCAGUCGCGCGAGGCUUGACGCGGACGAAUGAAAAAAAAACGGUGGGGGUGGUGUGGGGGUGUUGAGAGGGGGAAUGGACGGGGGCCGACGCGGCGCGUUGCGUCGAGCUGGAACAACAAAUUCUUGUACGAUCUUAAACAGACGGCGAACGCUUUUAGACGACGGGGGCUUUUAAUCGAAGCUCGAGACUACUACGUAAAAGAACAUCA